CCUUUUUUCAAACACCACCAACUUCCCGCACCCGACAGCGUCGCGACCAUGUCGGAAAAGCCCAGUAUCUUUCGGCGUGUGGCCGAUAAGCUGGCCGUCGAGGCCGAGCCCGGGCUGACCGGCGCCCAGUUGAUGGUGCGAAACCUUGAUUGAGCGUCAUCGUGGCGUGGGCAUGGGCCUGCCUUAUCCUCGCCGUGGCUCUCGCACAUCUUUCCGCACAUCGGCCGCUGACCGCAGACUGCUGCUUCAGUUGACGAACCACGACCUCAAGCCCGUCGAGCCCGAGCGCCGCCAGUGGGGUCCCUGGAACUUUGUCGGGUUUUGGAUCGCCGACUCGUUCAACAUCAACACGUGGAUGAUUUCGUCGUCUAUGAUCGUUGGGGGUCUAUCGUGGUGGCAGUCAUGGCUUUGCGUCUGGAUAGGAUACGCCAUCUCUGCUUGCUUCAUCUGCCUGACGGGUCGCAUCGGCGCCACAUACCACAUCGGUUUCCCCGUUGUCAGUCGUUCGUCGUUCGGCAUCUGGGGGAGCCUGUGGCCGGUUUUCAACCGGGCUGCUAUGGCAUGCGUGUGGUAUGGCGUGCAAGCGUACAUUGGUGGACACUGCGUGUAUCUGAUGAUCCGGGCAAUCUGGCUGAGCUGGGACCGAGAUACGAUCCCAAACACCUUUUCAGAAGGCUCCGGUACGAAAACAGCCGACUAUGUCUCGUUCUUCAUUUUCUGGUUCUGCUCGCUGCCCGCGAUCUGGUUCCCCGUCCACAAGAUCCGCCACCUUUUCACCGUCAAGUCAUACUUCGUCCCAGUUGCCGGCAUUGCCUUCCUCAUCUGGGCGGUGGUCCGCGCUGGCGGUGUUGGUCCCAUAGUGCGGCAGCCAGCCACGAAAAAAGGCAGUGAGCUCGCCUGGGAGUUUGUCAAGGGAGUCAUGAGCUCCAUCGCCAACUUUGCGACGUUGAUCGUUAAUGACCCCGAUUUUUCCCGCUUCGCCAUCAAGCCGCGCGACGCUCUCUGGUCGCAGUUGUUCGCGAUUCCGGUCGGCUUCGCCGUGACGUCCUUUAUCGGCAUCAUUGUCUCUUCGUCUUCGACCAUCAUCUACGGGGGAGACCCAAUCUGGGACCCGCUCGUCCUCCUGGAGCGUUUCAUCGACGAUGGUGGCUCGGCGCAGCGCUUCGGCGUGUUUGUUAUCGCUGCUGCGUUCGCCCUUGCGCAGCUCGGCACCAACAUCGCCGCUAACUCAGUCUCAGCGGGCACCGACAUGACGGCUCUGCUCCCGCGAUAUCUCACCAUCCGCCGUGGCGGCUACAUUUGUGCCGCCAUCGGCCUUGCCAUGUGCCCGUACAACCUCCUCACGUCCAGCAACCAGUUCACCACCUACCUCUCGGCCUACAGCGUGUUCCUGUCCUCCAUCGCCGGCGUCAUGAUUUCGGAUUACUACCUUGUCCGCCGUGGGUAUCUCGAAGUGAAGGAACUCUAUGAUGCUCGCCGCACGGGGCCGUACUACUUCACUUAUGGCUUCCACUGGCGUGCGUAUGCCGCGUACAUUGGUGGAAUCCUCAUCAAUGUGGUGGGCUUUGCGGGCGCGGUGGGCACUCCAGUCCCGGUCGGCGCGACAUACGUAUACAACGUCAACUUCUUCGGCGGGUUUAUUGUCUCCGCGGGGCUGUACUGGGCGUUUUGCAAAGUGUCGCCCAUUCCGGCGUGCAGCAGCAAAUGGAUGGAGGUUGGUGAUGAGAUUGAUGAUCUGCGGCUUGCGUAUGACAACCAGAGUGGGAGUCGGAGUCAGGAGGACGAAGAAGUUGCCGUUGGCAUGGCUGCUAAGGGCCACGGAAAGCCAGGGCUAGGGGAUGGUUUUUAGUUUUUUGGAUUGUCUGGAUACCGUAUGUUUUGGAUCCGGAACGC